AUGCAUCUCAUGAUUCUCGGUGGAAGUGGGAGAACAGGGAAACUUGGUGUCAAGUAUGCCCUCGAUAAAGGUCAUAAGGUCACCGCCCUAGUUCGAAAUGCUGCAUCGCUCCAGCCGCACGAGAGCCUCACGGUGGUGACUGGGUCGGUCUUAAGUCAAGAUGAUAUGGAUCGUGCCUUUACAGCCUCAUCCGAUCCAGUUGAUGCCGUUGUUGGAUUUUUGAACGCUACCCGUACUUCCGACAUGCCAUGGGCCAAGCCUCUUGCACCACCUCGCUUCAUGGCUGAUUCUGCUGCCAAUGCUGUUGCUUCUCUUCGAAAAUACUCCACAAACUCUACACAAAAGCCUCGCAUCGUUAUUUUGAGCGCACUUGGGGUGGGUGACAGUUUGCAAGUGACACCAUUGAUACUGCGACUUCUGGUGAAACAUACAAAUCUGGGAGUCGCUUAUAAGGACCAUAACCUUGUGGAUUCGGAGAUUGAGGCGAACUGCGGUGAUGAGAUUGACUGGACACUUGCUAGAGCUGUAAUGCUCGGAGGAAAUGGUAAAGAAGUCAAGGCCAUUAAGGGGAACCAAAAGGGCGCAUCUUCAUCAAUUAGCCGGCAAAGUUGCGCAGAGUGGCUGGUCGAUGUUGCAGCUGGUGAAAAGGGUGAUGAAUAUAGCAAAAGUCGGGUUAUUAUUUCAAAUUAA